GCAGCCAUGGGUUCCGUAGGGGGAGAUCACCGCUUCAAGGAGGGAAGUCCAGUGGUGACACCUGAAGGGAACGUGGUGAUGAGCUUUAGCUUUGACAGCUACCAGCUGGAAGAAGAAGAGCUCCAGGACAAAACGGGGCAGACCAAGGGAGUCCUCACUCUCAUGGAACCAGUCUGUGGAGACCCUGAACCUCAAGAUCGCUAUCACGGAAUUUACUUUGCUAUGCUUCUAGCGGGUGUCGGCUUCCUUUUGCCUUACAACAGCUUUAUCACAGAUGUUGACUACCUUCAUCACAAAUACCCAGGGACCUCUAUCGUGUUUGAUAUGAGCCUAACCUACAUUCUAGUAGCCUUGGUUGCUGUCAUCCUCAACAAUGUCCUGGUAGAAAUGUUGAGUCUUCACACCAGGAUCACUGUGGGAUAUCUCUUUGCUCUGGGCCCCCUUCUCUUUGUGAGCAUCUGCGAUGUCUGGCUUGAUCUCUUCUCCCAGCACCAAGCCUAUGCUGUCAACCUCAUGGCAGUAGGCGUGGUGGCCUUUGGUUGCACAGUGCAGCAAUCCAGUUUCUAUGGUUACACCGGGAUGCUGCCCAAGCGCUACACUCAGGGAGUGAUGACAGGUGAAAGCACUGCUGGGGUCAUCAUCUCCUUAAGUCGCAUCUUCACCAAGCUUCUUCUGUCUGAUGAGAAAGGGAACACCAUGAUCUUCUUCUGCAUUUCCAUCGGACUGGAGCUCACUUGCUUCAUCCUCCACCUCUUGGUGAAACAGACCUCCUUUGUCAGGUAUUACACCUCCCGCUCCCAGAUCGGGGCCUCUGAGUUUAAAGGGCCCAUGGACAGUGGCACCGGAUACAGAGUCCACCAUGAUGUCACAGCAGAAGACAUCCAAUUUGAGAAUCGGCCUCAUAGACAAGAUACUUCUCCUCCUGACACCUUUGGGCAGGCAAGUGAGCUGGCUGGCAGCGGCACCUACGUGCGAUUUGACGUCCCCCAGCCUCAGAUCAAACGGAGUUGGCCAGGCUUCAGAGAUAUGAUGCUCCAUCGCUAUAUUGUGUCUCGCGUCAUCUGGGCCUACAUGCUGUCAAUCGCAGUGACUUACUUCAUCACGCUGUGCCUGUUCCCUGGACUGGAGUCAGAAAUCCGGAAUUGUACUUUGGGUGAAUGGCUCCCCAUUCUCAUCAUGGCCAUCUUCAACCUUUCUGAUUUUGUGGGCAAGAUUUUGGCUGCGUUGCCUUAUGACUGGAGGGGAGCCCACCUCCUCCUGUACUCCUGCCUGCGAGUCGUCUUCAUCCCUCUGUUUAUCAUGUGCGUCUACCCCAAUGGGGAGCCCGCUUUUAGCCACCCGGCCUGGCCGUGCAUCUUUUCUCUCCUGAUGGGCAUCACCAAUGGCUACUUCGGCAGCGUCCCCAUGAUCCUGGCGGCCGGCAAAGUGAGCCCCGAGCAGCGGGAAUUGGCAGGUAACACCAUGACUGUAUCCUACAUGACAGGGCUGACCCUGGGCUCUGUGGUAGCCUACUCUGCCUACAGUCUCACCAGCACAUCUCCAAGUUCCUGUGUCUACCCAGAGAACUACAACGCUUCCGUCCCAGAUGGGAACUGA